AUGCCCGAUGGCUGUUUAAAUUGUCGUUUACUUUUAACAUUUAUUUGCAUAUUAAAUUUUCUUAUAUCAAUAACACUGAAAAUAAACCAAACAUGGGCUCAUAUGUCAUGGUUUUUAAUAUUUAUGCCUUUGUGGAUAUUUAAUUUAAUAUCUCUAUGUUUGAUUGGAUAUUUAAUUUUAAUUAAAAAAUGGCUACGAGCAAAAGAAAACUGUUUAAAAAUAAUCUAUUAUUUAUUAAGUGUGUUAUCAUCAUGUGCAUUUGAAAUAUUAUUAUGUAUUAAACUGCAAUAUACACAAGAUAUGCAAUUAUUAUUGUACAACGAAUGUGUAGAACAUGUCAAACAACAAUGGAGAAAACGAUAUGAAAAUUUUUAA